AUCUUUCAUUAUGAACGUAGCGACAGAAUAACGUGUGCUCAAGUAACGUUCACUUACGGUCAGUAGCGCAACUCUCGCUUCUUUUUCGUAAACGGAGAGUAUUUGUAUCGUAGUUUGCAGUGUGCAUUCAGCUAUUAGUAUGAAGUGUAAUAACUAAUUGGAAUAUACUUCAUAUCUGAUUAUCAAGAUAGCUGAGGAGUGUGUAACACCUAAUCGUUCGCUUCACAGAUCGCAGGAGCCAUCACACCAUUCAGAGUUCGUAUUCACUAUUCUCACGAGGUGCUGGACGUGUGCGUCUGUUUUUCAGUCCCACAUUAAUUUUCAAUGAAUAUACUUGUACUGUUUUUGUACUCCAGGUAUAUAAUGUUUUCCACGCUUUUCCUCUUGGUCUAAGAGACGGUUUCCAGUGAAAAACACAAGUCAUAUUUCCACUGAUCUCAUGUUUUAUAAUACCUGUACUUGAAUGCAAGACUAAUAAGUGCGCCUAGAAACAACCUAGGCAGUUCUUUCACAUUUCGAGGUAAACAUUGUUUGAUGAACGAUUCGAAGGAGACCUAAUUUUCUCAGAAAGCUUUCAUCAAGUUGAUGUAUGGUUAUUCAUAAAAUAUAAAAUUUGGUUAGAGAUCUUGUGAAUUUAUUCUUACAGUUGAAACCACAAAAAGGAAUCCUUGACUCUGUAUAAGACCCUCAUUGUACUUUCUGAGUUUUAUCAGUAAGCAAAUUUGUUGGGUAAUUCUGCAUUCUGUGCACAAGUGUAAUGUUAUGUACCUGCUCUGUUAGCUACUAUUUCAAUUCCGUGACAACUAUAAAAAAAAACUUUGACCUUUUGUGACUGACAUAGCUUCCUAUGCAGAGUUAAUGCCACCGAUGAAUGCAGAGUGGAAAAUCAGCUUAAACGUGUCGGUAAGCAGGAGCUGUCUGCUGGAGGCGAUAUGUAAGAAGCUUGAAAUAGUGUGGCAGAAGAUAAUAGACGGUGCAGUCAACAGCAAGCUAUCGUUGCUGGAGUAGCUUUUGGUACAAGGCUGUACCUACCAGUCACAGGUAAAUUUUGGAGUGGGACUGAGCAGAAAGAAGAAGACGGACUUUCUGCAUUUUGACUGAAAUUGAAUUUAUGAACCAAUGAUUUUAAUGCCACCGUAUAAUGCAACCACAGUUUCUUGUUAAAGUUGUUCCUGGGAGCUUUAAAAGGACGACUAAUUUAAAAUUAAGAACUUAUUCCAAUAUUUCAGCCGGGGCAUUGCACUGAUAAUUUCAAUGAAAUUUAUAAAAUAUUUGUUAUCGGUAUGAAACAACGAAAUUGUCACUGCGUUUGAGGUAGAAACAAGGAGUGACACAGGCUCUUCAAAGGCGUAAAACAACGCCUAUCGAGCUACAAAAAGUAGUUUAACUAGAGAUUAGGGACUAGAUAACUAGCUACGUAGAUAGUGACCACGCCAAGCUAUUCAGAUUAUCAGCACAGAGGCUUUGUUGGUAAAACUAAAAGGUAGAUUACAAUGUUCAAGCUCUCCUUUAUUUUAUAUUGCAUGUUAGACAUCCUUAUAUAAAACUUCGUGGCCGUGAUUCAGUAACUUGCGAGUAAAUGAAUACCACAUUGCAUUCGUGUCUAAUAUCACCUGGUUAUUAAAUGUGCAGUUCACAACUACUGCUACUUUUGUGUAUGGAAAAUCUUAUUUUCAUAUCUCUGUAAACUAUGUUUCGGUAAAUCAGGCAGAUAACGUCUGCAGCGUUGUAGCAUCGCAUGACAAAGAUUGACGAGAGGUUGAUAGUUCCGACUUCUUUAAUUCAGUUUGUUUUUCUUGACUGGUGGAACAUUAGUUUAAAAGGUAACUUAAGGGUAACUGCAUUGAUACUACUGCCAGAAAACUGCAACAAGUGCAGCAAGUCAUACUACAGAAGGGUAUGGUGGAGUGAGUAGGUCUCGACGCAGCUGAGAAGCCGUCUCCACGGGACUUGCACCCGUGUCUGUGUGCUGUGCAUGUGACUGGAGUAGCAGGUGCUGAAGAUGACGUCACAGCAGGUGCAAUGGGCGGGGUGGCCGGUGCUUGUGGUGCUGGCGGCGCUGUUCUGGCCGCUGUGGCGUUGGUGGUGGGGGCGGCAGCGGCUGCGGCAGCUGGCGGCGCGCAUCCCGGGGCCCGAACCCUGGCCUCUGGUGGGCAACGCGCCGCUCUUCUGCAGGAAUCCCCAGCGCGCCUUCCAGACGGUACUGGCGCUCAUAGAUCACUACGGACCCACCGUCCGUGUCUGGAUCGGCUCCAAGCUCUACAUCGUCGUCACUGACCCUCAGGACAUCGCGUGUGUGCUGGGGAAUUCUUCAGUGAUUUCCCGUGACAGCUACAUCAACAGACUAGCCAGCAACUUAAUGGGCCAGUCACUGAUCACAGCCAGCGGAGAACUGUGGAAGGCGCACCGCAAGAUCGUCGCACCAGCCUUCAGCUCCAACGUCCUGCAGGACAUGGUGCCCGAGCUGUCGCGGCAGGCUGAGCAGCUGUCGGCGACGCUGGCCGACCUGGCGGACGGCGCGACGCUGGACGUGUUCCCGUACGUGGCGGCAGCCGUGCUGGAGGCGGUGUGCCGCACCACGAUGGGGGCGGCACCGGCGGCGGCGGGCGAGCGUCGCUACGUGCAGCUGCUGGCGCGCAGCGUCGCCAUCGUGGAGGAGAAGUUCUGCAAGCCGUGGCUGUGGGCCUGCGGCUGGCUCUACCGCCGGACCGCGCUCUAUCGCGACGAGGCGCGCACGCUCGCCGAGCUCAACGCCUUCUCGCAGGAGGUCAUCGCCCAGCGCUCCUGCCGCCGGCAGGAGGCUGCGGGCGGGGACAGUCGAGACAAGCAGGUGGUGCUGGACUACCUGCUGGCGGCCACGGAGUCUGGCGGCCGCCUCAGCGCGACUGAGCUGCAGGACGAGGUGAACACGCUGCUGUCGGCGGGCUACGAGACAACGGCCACCACCAUCUGCUUCGCGCUGCUGCUGCUCGGCAUGUACCCGCGCGUGCAGGACAACCUGGUCGCGGAGCUGGACGCCGUCUUCGGAGACGACCCGCAACGAACCCCCACAGCGGCUGACCUACGGCGCCUGCACUAUCUCGAUGCUGUCAUUAAGGAGACGCUGCGGCUGUUCCCGCCGGCGCCGAUCAUCCACCGCGAGGUGGAGACGUCGGAGCUGAAGAUCGGCGGCUGCACGCUGCCGGUGGGCGCGUCGGUGCUGGUGCUGAGCUACUCGGCGCACCGCCACCCCGACCACUUCGACAGCCCGCAGCACUUCUGCCCGGAGCGCUUCGCGGAGCCGCGCGCUCGGCCGCGCCACCCGUACGCGUACGUGCCGUUCGGCGCGGGCCCGCGCAUCUGCGUGGGGCGCGCCUACGGCCUGCUGCUGGCCAAGGCGGCCGUGGCGGCCGUGCUGCGCCGGCUGCGCGUCGAGUCCCGCCUCAGCUGGCAGGACCUGCGCGGCCUCGCCCACGGCAUCGUGCUCAAGCUCGAGGCCGGCUUCCCCCUGGAGCUGUUCCCGCGCUACCCCGCCCACUACCGCCCGGAGACGCCGGCGCCGCCCCUCUGCGGACUCCUCCACAGGCGUCUCUCCACCGCUCACGUCUCGGCCACCAUACCUCAAGAGGAGGAGCCGGAGUACGACGAGACGGCGCCGCGGCGCGCCAGCUACAACUGGUGAGGGCUGGCGGACUAUCGGCAAACAGAUUACACGGGACGCGACAAGUGCUGCGGAGGCGGCUUGCGGCCAGCCGUGGACGCGGCCGCUGUCCGAAGGCGCAACGGGCUCAGCACCGCCCCUGCACUGCGGGCCUCUGCAGCGACUAACAGUGCCCACCACCCAGAGCACUUUCAGAUACCGUCUCCACGGUAGAGUGAGAUCGUUUCAUGACGAUCUCCUUGAAUUUCCAAGUGUAUUCGUUAUUAUAGUUUUUUUUAAAUAUAGUUAUUACUUGUUUCCAUUUCCAGAAAGCUUAAAUAACGUAGUGCGUUAAGAACAACCUUGUUAAUAUUUUUUCGGGUCAUUAGUCUCUUGACUUGUUUGAUUUGGCCCGCCACGAAUUCCUCGCCUCUGCCAACCUCUUCAUCCCGGAGGAGCAUUUGGAACCUACUUCCUCAAUUAUUUGGUGUAUGUAUUCCAGUCUCUGUCUUUCUUUCUCUACAGUCUUUGCCCUCUACAGCUUCCUCUAGUGCCAUGGAAGUUGUCCAGUGACGACUUAACAUAUGUCGUACCAUCCUGCCCCAUCUAUUUGUCACGUUUGACAAGUAUUCCUUUCCUCGUUGGUUCUCUGGAGAACCAUUUCAUUUCCACUCUUAUCAAUCAAAAUAAUUUCCAACAUUCGUCUGUAGCACCACAUCUCAGACUCUUCAAAUCUCUUUUUUUCCAGUUUUCUCUACAGUCCAUGUUUCACUAACAUUCAAUGCUGUGCUUCAGACGUUCACUCUCAGAAAUUUCUUCUUAAAAUUAAGGCCUAUGUUUGUUAUUAGUAUACUUCCCUAGCCCAAGAACAUCAUUUUUGGUAGUGGUAAUCUCUUUUUUAUGUCCCCUUUCCUACGUCCGUCAUAGGUUAUUUUGCUGCCAAGGUAACAGAAUUCUUUAACUACAUCUCCAUCGUGGUCACCCAAACUGACGUCACAUUUGUCGCUGUAAAAUUCAGCAAAAUGUGCGAAAUUCUCAGAAAAUUUGGAGCAAAUUAUAGACAGGAACGGGUAAUAUACAGUAUGUACAAGAGCCAAAACAGGGCGACCAAGAGCGAAGUGCUCGGAUAAAAAAAGGUGUAAGACAAAGAUGUAUUGUUUCGCCUCUUCUGUUAGAUCUGUACAUCGAAGAAGCAAUGAUGGAAAUAAAAGAAAAGUUCAGGAGUGGAACUGAAAUUCAAGGUGAAAGGAUAUGUGACACUAUUCGUAGAUGACAUUGCUAUCCUGAGUGAAAGUGAAGAAGCAUUACAUGAUCUGCUUAAUGGAAUUAACAGUAGGACAGAAUGAGGAUUGAGAGUAAAUCUAAGAAAGACGAAAGUAAUGAGAAGAGCAGAAAUGAGAAUAGCGAUAACCUUAACAUCAGGAUUGAUGGUCAAUAAGUUGAUGAAGUUAAGGAACUUUGCUACUUAGGCAGCAAAAUAAUCAGUGACGAACGGAACAAGGAGUACAUCGAAAGCAGACUGGCACUGGCAAAAAGGGCACUCGUGGCCAAGAGAAGUCUACUAUUCUCAAACAUAGGCCUUAAUCUGAGGAAGAAAUUUCUGAGAACGUAUGUUCAGAGCACAGCACUGUAUGAUAGUGAAACAUGGAAUGUGGCGAAACCGGGGCAGAAGAUCAUCGACCCGUUCGAAAUAUUUUGCUACAGACGAAUGUAAAAAAGGAAAGAAAUAUGUGGAAAACACUGACAAGGAAAAGGGAAAGGAGGAUAGGACAUGUGGCAAGACAUCAGGAAAUUACUUUCACGGCACUAGAGGAGAUGUAGAGGCCAGAAACUGUAGAGAACAGCAAAUAAUUGAGGAAGUAGGAUGCAAGCUCUUGGUGAGAAUUUUCUGCAUAUUGAUUUCCUUCCACAUACCCAUAAUAUUUGUGUGUCAUAUCUUCACUUAACUUUUUAAACCUUUUUUCUUUUUUUCAUUUUCAUAAACUACAUCGCUCGGAGCUAUAGUUUUACUACCAUGUUCCUUGUAUCCAGAUCAAUAUUUGUCAUCAGUAGGACUUGGCUAAAGAAUGUUGUUAUUGGAUAAGUUUAUCCUUUUCUGAAACUUUCCUUACCUCGGCCUCAAGGUGUGAUCUUGCUCCCUUUACUCCUUUUGUAAUACUGUGUCUGCAGUAACUAUAAUGUUUAACAGGUCACUUUUGUUUUGUUAACGCUCUUCGUGAAAUUCCUGUUUAGUUUCUUCGCCCUCUACCAUAAGUAAUUUGCUAAUUGGCUAUAACCUCGUAAAUCUCCACCUUAUACAGAUAGUUUUCUCUAUUCUACAGAUUUAACUAAAAGAUCUGUCGAUUUAAAAAAGUUACAUAUCCUGUUCAUCGAUUGAAAUAAAGCAUAUGAUAGUGUAAAUAGAAAAUUUCUCACUCUAGGUUGAUAAGUCGAGACAUAAUCCAUUGAGAAAUUAUGCAGAGAAAGUACGAUGUAAAUAAAAUUCUAAUUGAAACUGCGAAUAGAAUUUUAUGCAUUUUAGCAAAUAAAAGGAGGAGCUCGACAAAAUUGUCCUUUAUCACCAAAUCUAUUUAUUAUAUACUUUUUACACAAUAUCAAGAAGAUGCUGAUUAACAGUUCUUCCGAUGUUGAUCUACAACGUAAGGGUAGCUUACAUGUAGUACAAUAUUCUAACUAUCAUGUUUACUGGAGAUGAAUAGCGAGAUUCUAUUCAUCACUAAAGUGCAACGUAAAACGUUGAUAAUUUCUCAGGUUAAUCCAAACAACUAAAUGCAAAUUGACAACCCUCAAAAGAAUCAUGCUUAUCUGAGCAAGGUUUGUAGGGCAGUUCAGUAUGUAGCAUACCUAGAUAUAUCAUACGAAAUACAAAACUGUCGCAGAG